ACUAAUGAGGAUGGGCUCUGUCGGCAAGCGUUCCCACAUCCCAGAGUUCUGCCUCCGAGAGGUGUGCAAGCAGGUGGCCGGAAGGGAUAAGAGUAUCUGAGCCUCCCUGUGCUCCACCACCUGCAGGCAGGAUCCCGGGGAGCUGAGCGUGGCAUUGGGGUCCCACCAGAAAGGACUCUCCCCGCCAGCAUUCACUGAAGGUUGGAUUUUGCAGUUCCUGUGCCCGGUCUCCCACGUGCACAGGUGAACAGAUUUGGCACCCACAGCUCUCUCAGAGACACCUCAAAAGGCAUUUCACAAUGACUGCCGGCCUGGAGAAAGCCUGCCACCGCUGCAUAUCUAAAAUUGCCAGCAAUGCAUGCUUUAUAUUUGCGCUCCUCGCUUUCCUUGCCUUACCACUGUCCAUGACUUUCACAGGAAUGAAGUUUUUGGAGGAUUGCCCAGUUCAGCCGCUAAUUCCAUUAUAUCUGUUGGUGGGUGGCGUGAUUGGCAGCUUAAAGGUGACCCUCCUGCUGUAUGACUCAACAAGGAUGAGGCAACUGCUCUCGAAGUCUGUUGUGAUUGAUGAUGAUGACGAUGAUGAAUAUCCCUGGAGGCAGAAUGCUCACAAGUACUACAUCCAUCUAACCCUCAGCCUUUUCCUCUUUCUCUGGUUCAUUCUUGGGAACUACUGGGUUUUUUCUGUGUACCUGCCAAAUUUCAUCCCACCUUUCCAUCAGCCUCAGGAUUACUGUGACAAAACCCUGUAUAUUUUUGCUGUUGCUGUUCUCAUUAUUAGCCAUACUAUUCUCUUUCUCCUUAUCUUUUGUAGUUGCUGCAUAUACUGUUUUUCCAGGCAAAGAGUCUCUUCUGAGGAAGACUAAGUGCCACAUAAAUAAAGCCCCAGGUGUUUGGGGAAGCAUGUACAACAAAGAACAGGCAAUAAUUCACCCUUGUGUACAUCUUUGUUGUACUAUAUGUAUGUAUGAUAGCAGUCAAGUGAAAGAGGAUAUUGUAAAAUACAGUACCAACUGGAAAAAAGCUAAGCUGGAAUACAGCAUAGUCAAUGUAAAAUUGCUGCUACAGAUGCCAGGUGCACUCUUUAAUUUCUACACCCCUUUUUUAACUCUUGGAUAGUCUGUCUGGAGUAAGCUCUUGCAGAUGGUGAGCUCCUCUAAAACCAGGUCCCCUUAUGUUGUUUCAGCACAGUACAUCUCUACCUAAAAAAGUAGCCAUGUUGUCCUUCUCACUGGGAUCUGAAUAUCUCUGUAGCCUUGCUGAGGUAUUUUAUUGUCCCUGCAUUAUAGAUGGGGGAGCUGAGACAAAGAGGCAAAGGGCUGUAUUCAAACCCUCUUGCAUGGCACAUGGACUUCAACAAUAACUUAGAUGCUCACUAGAGAGCUAUUCAGGCCGUUGUUAGACCAGCCAGUAAGUACCUAUGAAAUAAAUAUGAGUAUGUAUUGUAAAAGGCAGCCUGAAUUUAGCCCCCAGGUCUCUUCUGAACUUGGAUUAGGAAGCAUCUAAAUCUAACUUUGGUGCUAAAACAGAUAGUCCAAAUAUAUCCAUUUAUAUCAAAUACAUCCAAACUAAGCCAAGACCACACUGCAAGUCUUCUGCAGAACUGAGCUACUGAGCGAAAGAUGAGUGCUUUAAUCAGGGCUCAGCAUUUCCCAGUCUGGGGAGACACUUCUUCUUUGCUUUUUGUAUAGCAGUAACUUGUCAGUACCACACCAACACAAGGACAGUUGUCAAAUGAUUGUGAUCAAGUUCACAGAAAAAAGCGACUAUGUUGGUAUUUUAAACAGAAAACACAAUAAUAAAACAUGGGCAGGGAUGGGAGAAUUUCAGGCAGAUAUGUUCACUACAGCAGUUUCCUGGUUGUGGUGUGAGUGUAUGUUUGAUUUGUUCACCUUGGUGCUGUACAUAUGGAAAUCUAUACUUAAUGGACAGAAUUAAUUGAAACAGCUUUUAAGUUAACAGUAGUGUCAGCUUCAAAAGCACCAGCAUGCACAGAAACAAUUGUUUUGUGACAUGUAAUGGAACAAACUCACAACUGGUCCUUAUAGUUUGGUUUUUUUCAUGUGUUGAUGAAUGCACUGUAAAAGUGCUCUUUUGGCUUCUGCUUUUAUGCACUUCUGUCAAUAUGGUCAAAAUGGAGAGGUUCCCCUCUAUACAAGCAUGCAGGUGGCCCCAGGCACAGGGACAGGAUGUGUGUUUUGAGUAUUUUUUUCUUUAAAAACCCACACCAUUGAAAUCUACAUUUUAGAAAAAACAUUUAGAAAAACAUACAUGAAGCCUGUGGGAGGGUGAGAUCUGCAAAAGAACCUCAACAAUAUGCCAUAGCUGAACAGGGACUGCUUAAUCAUCCUUCCUGGGACUGAGGCUGAACACACGUAACAUCUGUGGAAACCACCCGACUUCAACCACGAACUCAGGGGGGUUGUCUCAGGGGACAUUGUAUAGAUAACUAGGGGUGCAUUUAGUCCCCAAUGGUUUUAAGAAUUGUUUGUUUCCAGAAAACUAAUCUUAAAAAGAAGGUAGGAUAAAGGGUACAAUAAUCUGACAAGAGGGCAGCAUUAGUGUAGCAUUCCCCUGCCUUGUAGCAGCCAUUUAGAAGUAGUCACAGUCAGGCUGUCCCUCCUCAGAAAUCCAUAGAAUAGAAAUUAUUAACACUGCUGUCUGACUUAGGUCGUGCCUAAGUUGUAUGUAGGUUGGAUGUGGGGAUAAAGGGAAAUCUGUCCUUCUAUUCAUGGACUUCAGGUUGUGUCUGGCAGAAAUCUCAAGCUGUGUGUUCCCAAGAGCUCCUCCGCCCUACAAUCUCCACUGCCUCUCUAAAGGUGCUACACAUUUCUGAAACACAGCUGUUGCCAAUGGUGAAAUGCCAGAAUUUCCACCCCAAAUACUUCACUGGCUCAGCACUUGGGCUCCUGGAUUUCAGUGUUCAGUUCUGAACUGAUCUAAGAGUCUAACUGAUUUUACAUUCAAUAGAGAGCAUCUUUUAUUCAUUAAGACGCUGAAGUCUCUAAGAAAUUUCCUAUCAGCAGGUGUAACUCCAUCCAUCAGUCAGCUUUUUAUCAUUAUACAUUAACUUUAUCCAAAAGUUUGGAACAAGCAUGAAAAAGAAAGUUAUACUCAGUUGAUAAUGCAAAAGAAAUUUAACAAGAAAGUAUCUACACACACUGCACCCAUAGGACUUCCCUGUUCUUGCAAAAUGCUGCUAGAAUCAUUCUUGAUCACAAAGAAUUAAGGGCUCAUACUCCUGAUUAAGUCUGAAUUGAUUCCCAUGUCACUGUGCAUCCAGUGACUUCGCAGCAAGUGAUGAUGUGUGUGCUCCUAUCUGAGCAAAUAUGAGGUGAUUUUAGUUCAGCCCAGAGAAGAGAUGUAAGCUAAGUCACAUCACCUUGCAUUUUCUGUGUGCCUGUCUGAGCGUAGCUACAGCAGCUUAGCACAUGUGUAAUGAUUUCUCAAACUUCAGCCACACAGUGGUAGGCCUGAGGUCUAUGUCUCCCUCACAGCAGGAUGAGGCUGGUCAAUUCUCUACAGUCUACCAUGGAGGCCUAGUUUUUCAGUAAUAAGAUCCCAGUGCAUUCAUUUACAUCUUGAGAAAGUGCCGCUGAACCACAGUGCUAGUGUUUGGUACCUGCUUCGUACAAACACAAAACGAUAGAGGAGGUAUUAACAAAACAAAAGGCAUUUGUGAAAUAUUUUGAAGUUACACACAGUAAAUAAAAGCUUUUGUUAGAACUGUGAGAAGAAAAUUAUGAAUUUAUUGUGUUUACUUCUACCUGUGUACAUGAAUAAACUAUGGCACAUGCAAGUCUGAACACCGACACCUCCAAAAUUGUCGAAGCCAUCAAUUCUGUAUCCAGAGAGAUCCAAGCAUG